AUGAAGCUCCUCUACACCACCGUCGCCAUGCUCUGCCUCAUUAGCACGGGUCUGGCAGCCAAACCAGCUCCCAAUUCUCUCGAGGGAACGCAGAACUGCUGCCAUACCGUCAAGAAAGGUAAAGGUCACAGGUUGUGUGCUGAUGGCACGGCUGGCACCCCUUAUUGUGGCAAGGGCCCUUGCAAUGCCCUUGGAUGUGCAUGCAAAGGUGGAUGCCGCAAGAAGUAG